AUGCCAACCAACCAGCUAGUAUCCGUUGAACGAUUUUCUGGCAUCAUAUUCGCGACCCAGAUCUCGCCACCCCAGUACAGUCGUGACAAGGGGUUUGAUUACAUCGCUCGGUGGGACUUGUGGGGUAAAAGAAGCGUCGAUGAAGCUGCCUCCGGUCGUCGUAUCUGCCCUCUCCCUAGAGCAUUCUGGUGCCCGAUGGGCGCCAUGAGCAAACACGGAUUUCCAACAGUUGGUAAUGUCCUUCCUCGAUCUGCAGUAGUACCGAUGAUUGAUGUCUUGUGGUUGUACGUCGAUGAGAAUUAUUCUGGGUUUUCGGCCACCCUUGGCAACCUGUGUCGCGCUAUUCAUAACAAACUAGGAUCACCGCGUCUCCGAUGGGGCCGAGAAGCCAGCAAAAUUACCCCCGAGCCCAGGACUUCCAUGUUUGCGAUAUUGGUGGAAUGGAGGAUCGUGCCAGAUAAAAAUACCUUACACCAGAUCGACCAGCUGGUAGACGCCGCAGUUAUCAAAGGACGUGGUGUGAUCCAGAGACGAGGUCCAGGAUUAGACCGCUAUUGCGCUUCGCUUUCCAUGAAUCAGCCCAGUCAACUAGAACUUCUGUCAAUCUCCGUCCCAAAUGAUGAAUGCCACAAGGAUAUCUUGUGGCAUGCCUACCAUAGAUUUAAAUGGACCAUGUCCUCACCUGCUGCCCAAGAGGGUAUAUAUGUGCGACAAUUACCCACUGCAGCCGCCGAGCCCCUCCGCCAUGGCUUCCACGAGACUGUAUCUAGUCCGCUACACAGCUCAUCUGCAAACACAAUUCGCUUCUCUGCUAGUACUGCUUGGUUGAGUGCGGAGGCCCGUGAGGAAUGGUACGCCGGUUUUGCGGACCAAGCAAUAAGCUGUUAUGAACGCCUGGGUUAUAUCAUUGCUUGGUUUCAGACUGUGGCACUGGCCGCGGAAUGCUUUGUUAUUGACCUGGAACCAAUAGGUCGGACUUUUGAUGAUUGGUAA